AUGCCGACGCUGCCCUUGCCGCAUUCCUUGCAGCCUUCUCCGGUGUCGCAGCACCGCCAGGUGAGUUCGGCUCCACAAACAGCAUCCUUGACGCCCUCGGUACCCUGCUUAUCGAGCCAACUGUUGGCGCCCUUCAAUGAUGAGAACUGGCCCAAUUCCAGGAUGCAGAACGGUGCCCAAGUUGAGAGCUAG